AUGCCUCCCAAGGAGGCAGGACCUCCAAGCCGAGCCGAGCUCUUGCAAGCAGUGGCAGCAUCGCAAAAAGUCGCACAAGCCCAGGAGUACGCAACGAGCCUGCGAGAGAAGGCAGCAACGCUUUCCAACCCGUCAGAAAGAGAGCGACUGGUGGAAGAGGCGUACGCACGCGAGGUCGAAGCACAUGGCGAACGGAGCAAGAUCGCAAGACGACUGCAAAGCGGUACAUGGCAAGGAGGAGCGGCUGGAGGAGGCAUAGGGCUGGGCACCGGUCUUGGAUUGGGAACUCUUGUAGGGACGCUCCUCUCCGGCGUCUUGUCGAUACCAACCGCCGGCCUGGGCAUCUUAAUUGGAGCCGGAGUUGGAGCGAUUCAUGGCCCAUGGAUCAAAGUCGGUGGGAAGGACAAGAAAUGGCAAGACGCAACGCCAGAAGAGGUCGUUGCCUACUAUGAGGAGCAGAAUGCACAGAACCAGAGCACCGCGGAACAGGCUCUGACAUAUGAGCAGCCCAUCGGACCGGUGAUGAAGAAGAAGCCUCGAAAGCUGGAAGUGAGAUCGCAAGCGAAUGCCGCCGUGGGCGCCCCAGUAGAUGCUGAAGAUACGAUUUCGACCGGUACGCCACGCAGGCCGAAGAAGUUGCAACUCCGGUCUCAGUCGCAGGUCGAUUCGCUGGCAGCAAUGCAGCGGGAAAUGGGCAAAGAGAAUGUCGAUGCCGUGCAGGAGCCGAAAGACGGCUGA